UGUGUGCAGGAGCUCCAGACACGCCGCAUGAAAACAAGCUGACUGACAGCCACGACUCCAGCACAGACCAGGCAACUUCUGACACGAGUCUCCCUGCUUGGAAGAAAGUCACUCGUUCACUUAGGAAGAUUUCAGAUGCUUCAAACUUGAUCUGCUUUCUUGCCAACGCAAUGAAGGAAGUGUCCUGCUUCUGCACAACUUUUUCUUCCUUGUUGGAACAGAUGGUGAAGGUUUACAAAUACAUGACUGGUAUUUUUUCAGUGACUCACACCUCAGAGCCACAGGUUUCAGACCGUGGCAAGCAGCUCACCGAGAUGGAUGUAGGCAAACUUGAGGAGCAGUAUGACCAUAUAAAACAGAAGCAAAAACUGCAGCCAGACAUUAUUGUAUAUAAAACAGGUGAACGGGAAUCUGUUCUCCCAGAAUCGAUGGUGAAUGCCGUCCUAAUUAAUAAAAAAGUUAGAAGACCAAAGUCAUGCACAGGAGACAUUCCUGUCAGAAAGGUCACAAUGGAGACAACCAGCGGUGGCAACUUAGAAGGCGACCUGCUGUGGCACAUCCACCUGGGAACUCACCGCCUGGGACAAACCCCGGGACGAGGAGUCUCCUGGGACCUUUCCCACCGCAGGAACAGACCGUGGAGUUUCGACAACCAGAGACUGAUUUCAAAGGGAAGCGGCACAUCCCAGCCCAAGGAAUUAGGAGGAGAAAGUGAAUUAUCUGCACUCAGUCAACUGGGAAGUUCAAGCCUGUUGAGCAGUUUCAGUGAGGAGAACGGCUGCAACAUUUCAAGCUCCUGCCAAAAGCCUCCUCUGAAAUCAGCCACUUCAGCAGUUUGGACACAUCAGCAUAUUUCUUCUACAAAAUGCAUGCCAGCCUGCAACAAACUGAACUUUUACCCUUUCCCUAUAAGAAAGGGCCCAGAAUUUCUGAAGCAGCAAGGAAGCUUGGAUUAUAUGUCUCACCAUGAAGACACUCAGUCAUACCUAAAACUCAGUCAAAAACUUGACUAAAACUUAAAAUAGCAAAGUAGUCUUUUUAGUUACAUAGAUCAACCUGCUGCAGGUCUACUACUUUUAUUAGCCAAGGAAGAUUCUUACUAUAUAAUCUUUAAUAUCUUUAUAAUUUUUAACAUAUGAUUUCGUCAUUCACUUUCAAGACAUUCAAGAUGCUUUCUGAUGUAUUUUUAAAAUUAAUUAAUAAAACCUCUGCU